AUAAGAGAAUCUUGGAAUUGUAGAAUUUUAAUGUUUGAUAUUUUGAGCCCAAUCAAAAACCCCAAAAUUGACAAUUAUCAAUAUUUUUUUUAUGUAACCCAAUAAGUGUAUUCCACCUGGCCGAUAAAUAAUCCAUCCAAAAUUCAAUCCCCCUUUUUUACCCGGGCUAAUUCAGUAACCCAAGUACUCUGGGGACUGGGGGGUUCGCCACUGGAACAAAACUGUACGGACAAUUCCAAUAACUCGCUUACCAUCCGGGUUGAUUACUAGAUAUGGGGGUUUACCUAAGCACACCUAAAACUGAUAAAACAUCCGACGAUGGUGAGAAUGAGAAACUGAGAUAUGGAGUCUCAUCCAUGCAAGGAUGGCGCACAUCAAUGGAAGAUGCUCAUGCUGCUUUACUUGACUUGGACAACUCCACAUCUUUCUUUGGCGUUUAUGAUGGCCAUGGAGGUCAGGCAGUCUCUAAGUUCUGUGCCAAGUAUCUUCACCAGCAAGUCCUGAAGCAGGAAGCUUAUGCUGCUGGUGAUAUUGGAACUGCUGCCCAGAAAUCUUUUCUCAGAAUGGAUGAGAUGAUGUGUGGACAACGUGGCUGGAGAGAGUUGGCUAUAUUGGGAAAUAAAAUGGAUCAAUUCAGUGGCAUGAUAGAGGGACUAAUUUGGUCACCAAAGGGUAACGAUUUAAAAGGUCUAAAUGAUAAUUGGUCUACUGAGGAGGGACCACAUUCUAAUUAUGAGGGACCCGCAUGUGGCAGCACAGCUUGUGUGGCAAUCAUCCAUAAUAAUCAACUUGUUGUAGCAAAUGCUGGUGACUCUCGUUGUGUCAUAUCCCGCAAGGGUCAGGCGUAUAAUUUAUCAAAAGACCAUAAGCCUGAUCUUGAAGUUGAGAGAGAAAGGAUAUAUAAAGCUGGUGGUUAUAUUCAUUAUGGUCGAGUUAAUGGGAGUCUAAACUUGGCUAGAGCUAUCGGUGAUAUGGAGCUGAAAAAAGAUAAAACACUUCCCCCUGAAAAACAAAUUCUAACUGCAAAUCCUGAUAUAAACACGGUUGAGCUUUGUGAUGAUGAUGAUUUUCUUGUUCUUGCCUGCGAUGGAAUAUGGGACUGCAUGUCAAGCCAGCAACUUGUAGACUUUGUUCAUGAACAACUAAAAACUGAAAGUAAGCUGUCAGUGGUGUGUGAGAAGGUAUUUGAUAGGUGUUUAGCACCGACUUCUGGUGGGGAAGGGUGUGAUAAUAUGACCAUGAUUUUGGUCCAGUUCAAGAAACCCCAAUCUCAAUCUGGCCCAUCUACUUCUACUUCACAUUCACAUCCACCAUCUGAUUCAUCUAACGAUCAGGAAGUGCCUGGAUCAGAUUAGUUGGGUAAUCCUGUCCGUUGGUUCGGUUCUUCUCAACAUGAUUUUUGUAAAUGUUGAUUUUUUGUUUUUGUUUUUGUUUUUGUUUUGUUGUGUUCAUGGGUGGUAACAUACAGAUACAGUACAGAUUAUUACUGAAUGCUGUUUUGUAUAGCAUCAAAUACACAAAUCUGGGAUUCAUACCUGGAUUUGACUCUGACUUGUAUUGUAUGCUGUAAGAGUCCGUACAUUGGCUUUCGUUUUGAACCAUACCUGAUAAUCUACUUUCUUAGAGAA